AUGCAGGCUCUUCCCAGGACGGCGGCGCGCUCGGCCGCGCUGCGUCAGGCCGCCCGUCGCGCCUACAGCUCCUCCAACACCCCCUACGCCAGCACGAUCGAGAACCUGCGCAUCAACGGCGACACCAAGGUCAUCUUCCAGGGCUUCACCGGCAAGCAGGGAACCUUCCACGCCCAGCAGGCCAUUGAAUACGGAACUAAGGUUGUCGGCGGUACGAACCCCAAGAAAGCCGGCCAGACGCAUUUGAACCUGCCCGUCUUCAAGGACGUCUCCGAGGCCGUCAAGGAGACGGGCGCCACCGCCACGGCCCUCUUUGUCCCCCCACCCCUGGCCGCUGCCGGCAUCGAGGAGGCCCUCCAGGCUGAGAUUCCCCUCGUCGUUUGCAUUACCGAGGGCAUUCCGCAACACGACAUGGUACGCAUCACGUCGAUGCUCAAGUCGCAGAACAAGACCCGUCUGGUCGGUCCCAACUGCCCCGGCAUCAUCGCCCCCGGCCAGUGCAAGAUCGGCAUCAUGCCCGGCUUCAUCCACAAGCGCGGCCGCAUCGGCAUCGUCUCUCGCUCCGGCACCCUGACCUACGAGGCCGUCAACCAGACCACGCAGGUUGGCCUGGGCCAGUCGCUCGUUGUCGGCAUCGGCGGUGACCCCUUCAACGGCACCAACUUCAUCGACUGCCUCAAGGUAUUCACCGAGGACCCUGAGACGGACGGCAUCAUCAUGAUUGGCGAGAUUGGCGGCUCCGCCGAGGAGGAAGCUGCCGAGUUCCUCAAGCAGGCUAACACGGUCGGCGGCGGCAAGCCCGUCGUCUCCUUCAUUGCCGGCAUCUCGGCUCCUCCGGGCCGCCGCAUGGGUCACGCUGGCGCCAUCGUCUCUGGUGGCAAGGGUGGUGCCGAAUCCAAGAUAAGCGCUCUCGAGGCCGCCGGCGUCAUCGUCGAGCGUUCGCCUGCCAAGCUCGGAGAUGCUCUGGCACAGGAGUUUUUCCGUCGGGACCUUUGGUAA